GGAGGUGUAUUCCUUUCGCUGAUCGAGCAACGCGCACGUGCGUGGCUGAAAAGUCUGAUCUAAACUCCUGCGAGUGUUCCUGAAAAAUCGAUUUUUGUCAACGUUCAACGUCUAUGCAACCGAUGUGGAUAUUCUACAGUCUAUAGAAGUUGUAAGGAUAAAGAUGAGGCUCUAAACGAGUACACUAAUCAAUUCAGAGUAUCACUUUCAAAAUUUCCAAUCGUUCACGGUACCAGAACAAUGAUUCUCCAUGACGUAAAGAUUCGUGCAAAAGAAUAUUGAUUACCAUGCUUGUUAAUCAUGCAAGAUCACAAAGUGAUCACUGCUACCGUGAAAUGAUUCACAAAACGAUCUAUUAAAAAAAACCAAAGCAAUUUAUAAAUUAUAAAAGUGAUAUAGAAGAAAAUUGGUGACACAAAGUUGAAUAAUGAUAACGAACCGCGACGAACAACAUUGCACACUGAAUCAUCAUGCAUCAAAGAGCCACCACUCUUGACUGAAAGCACCCAAAAAUGGAUUUGUGCAAGAGCUACAAGAUUCUGCACAUCCUCCCUAAAACCGGAAGGCGCAUCGUAUGGAGCUGGCAAACGGAGAACGGCACGGUCUUCCGGUUCACCGAGAAGGAAUCCACGGAGGACUGUUUAGUAGAAAUAGCAAAUAUCUGCGUUCCUCUGAUCGCGAGUCUGGUCGCUGGAGUCGUUACAUUGAAAUACAAAUGCGGCAGACAUCAAAAAGACUCCAGAAGACUCCUUCCAUUUCACGUAAUAAGGACGCUGCUCUGCAUGUUGCUGCUCACCGUACUUUUCCUAGAAGUUUGCGAGUCUUUUUUAACGUCGAUCUCCCUGUCGUCCAUCUUCACGAUCCUCGCCACUUUCUGCUGCUGGAUACUCCAUCGAGCGACCGAAAUUAGGGAUGGUUUCGGAACCGUGUACUCCGCCGCCAUUUUUGCGGCCAUCGGCUUAUCGCGAGCUUGGAAAUUUGCAUACCUGUCUAGAUACGGUUUGUCGAUCGAACACAUUCGACUUACGACAACAGCAAUGGUCGCCGUCCUCUGCGGUUUGUUCGCCAUUUUGGAUUCGUACACCCUCUUUACCACGAGGAAGAGGAAGAGGUACUUCGAACGAACGAAGAGGAGGAUCGUUUACAAUCAUUCAAGAGCACCUUUCCUAGGUAGAAUCACCUUCCACUGGGUUAUUGACCUUCUGUCGAAAGGAUAUGCCUCGUCAUUGGACGCUCAGGAUCUUGGACAACUCCCUGAGGACGAAACUGCGGAGAAACAAUUCGAGAAGUUCGCAAAAGUUUAUGAAGACCACAGGAUUUACUAUGCUAACUAUAAACACCGCGUUAUGUAUUUUGAUAGGAUAAAAGAAGAAACUUGUCACUUUGGAGAUGUUACUGGAAGAGAAUAUGGUACCCCUUCGCUGUCGGAGGUUUUCUAA